UCUUUCUCCUCAUUUGCUUCAAUCGUUAUAAAACUCCUGCCUUUAUUUUGAUUCGCACACUAAUCUUCGCCUGCUUAGUGGGAACUUCGAUUUCCGAUUAUUCGUCCUCAGAAUCUCCGAUUGGACCUUUCCUUUUAAGCUGCUUCAAAAAUCUCGUCGGACAAAAUCUCUUUGUAUUUUACGGGGAGAGGUGAAUCGAGUACGACUAGUGGGAGUGUUUCUGUCGUUUAAUCAGAAGCCCUUUUUUGUUUUGUCGUUUGAUUCGUCUUUGUGGUGCCCUGAGUAAAGAAGAGAUGUCGGGGACUGGAUUUCAUUUGAAUCAGCUGCAGAGAGCUAAGAGCGACGUCUCUUAUGGCAGAUCGAUUCACACUCUGGAACAAGAGAACUUGUCUGCAUUCAAGAAACUCCAUGCUUCUGCCGCUUCGUCGUCAAGUAAUGUGGAACGGUUUUUGGCGUCGGUCACACCAUCUGUCCCCGCCCAUUGUUUAUCUAAGACGACAGUUAGGGAAAGAAGAGGCAGUGAUGUUGAGUUGCAGCCAUACUUUGUUCUUGGUGAUGUAUGGGACUCUUUUGCAGAGUGGAGUGCGUACGGCACUGGAGUUCCUCUUACAUUGAAUAACUACAGUAAAGAUCGAGUCUUUCAAUACUACGUGCCAUCGCUCUCGGCCAUUCAAAUCUAUGCUGAUUCUGAUGCCUUGAGCUCCUCUCUUCAAACAAGGGUACCAGGUGAGGAGAGCGACAGCGAUUUCAAAGAUUCAAGCAGUGAAGGAAGCAGCAGUGAAUCCGAAAGAGGACUCUGUUAUCCAAAGGAGCACAUCUCUGCUCAAAUGAACCAACUCUCAUUAAGAAAGCAGCAUCAGGAGGACUCGUCUAGUGAUGAUGGCGAGCCUUUAAGCUCUCAAUCUCGUUUGAUAUUUGAAUAUCUUGAACGAGAUCUUCCUUACAUCCGUGAACCCUUUGCCGACAAGAUGUCUGACCUUGCCUCUAGAUUUCCGGAGCUGAAAACGCUGAGAAGCUGUGAUUUACUACCUGCAAGCUGGUUUUCUGUGGCAUGGUACCCAAUUUACAAAAUACCCACAGGACGGACGCUCAAGGAUCUGGAUGCUUGUUUCUUGACCUAUCAUUCCCUUCACACACCCUCUCAAGGUUCAGGCGUUACAACACAGUCUAUGUGUGAGGUGCAGCCAAGCGAGAGUGUUGAGAAGACGGCGCUGCCAGUAUUUGGCCUUGCCUCAUACAAGUUGAGAGGUUCUGUAUGGACAAGCAUCAAGGGCUCUGGACACCAGCUAGUCAACUCCCUCUUCCAAGCCGCAGACAACUGGUUGCGGUUGCAUCAAGUCAGCCAUCCUGAUUUCAUCUUCUUCUGCCGCCAAUGAUGAUAUGAUUAUACGAUGAUGACGAAAAAAGAUUUAGGAAGUCACUUAAAAGGAAACUCUUUAUAAUUACUGUCCUGAGGAAACCCAUAUAUACAUACAUAUAAGGAGCUUCUGUAUGUGUUGGGUUUGUUGUGAACCCUGCUCAAGUAGUAAUGUACACUGAAUGCUAAUUUUCUUUUCUUUUUAUUUGUAACAUGUUUAAGCAAUAAAAGCUAGUAGUUGA